UUCACGUCCCAUAAGUUAGUUUAGUUACGGUACUUUCUAGAAAUCGUGCGGCACUCGUUUGUUUGUGCUCGAAUCGGCUUAUUCUAUUCAGAGAGUUAUGACAUUUGACUGUUAUGUUUGAUUGCGAAUUAAAAAAUUAAUUGGGGGGAGUGUAAGUUACACCGUCGACCUCCAUUUCACUAACUUUAUUUUGUGAAAAUGCUUUAGUGAUUAGCAUUUAAAGCAGUGUAACAUUCAGGUUAUGGGAUUCAGAUCUUGUACUGUGCAAUUCGACCUAGACUAUAAACUGAGUCUACUGCUUUUAACUUAAUUGGUUGUAACUGUGGUGUAAAAAGAAAACUCAACCCCAUAAUCUGAAGUUAAAAUUUUAAUUUUAAGUUAACUAAAGAUGGCAGAUCAAAGAAAAUCUAUACCAAGUUAUAUUUAUCAAAGUACAAAGACACCGGAUGCUAAUGCUUCUCUAGAUAAAAGAAAGAAAAAAUUAAAAUUUCGAAGAACAAGUGAUGAUGAUAUGCAUACUCUAUCACAACCACGUGAAAGCAUUGCCGGAACUGAACUCAUUUCUGGUAAAGACCCAGAAAAAGAAGGAACUUUUGGCAACGAUCAAACUUUUAUAAAAACAAUGACUACAGAAGAGGUAACUGAUCAUAUCCAUAAAUGUCUAGAAAUGAGCUCUGAAAAUAAAAUAAAUACGAAGAACGCCUUUGCUCUUCAACUUAUAGAUUGUAUGAAAUUAUUACUGCCGAAAGAAGAUUUCUCAGUCAUGGCUUGCACACUAGACGCUGGGCAGAAAAUAUACGCUUCUAGAGUUGAUGGCCUUCAUCAGCAAGUCAUAAAGCUUGCCGAAGAAGUAAUUAAUAACGAGAAGAAAAAUAAAAUGUCUGAGGGCAAAAUGGAAGAAGAUGAGGAGGCAUUAAAAAAAGGAACAAGAAAAGCAGGCAAAAAAAAUGUUUUAGCUUCUGCCGAAAGUUUAAGACGAACCUUAAAAAGUAAUGAUCCCAAAGACAAAUUUAUAAAAUUUGAUGGUUUACCUGGAGCUAUGAUGAAGUCAGUUAAAAUAGACCCACAAGAUUUGUCAUUUACAAUGCUAAAAAACACUCCAUUUUGGCCCAAGUUGGAAAACUAUAAGCCCAUCACAGUAAAUGAAACCGUGUCAAUACCUCAUUGUGAAAUAUAUCGGAAUAAAAGUGAAUCAAAAGUUAAGAGCAACCUACAAAUAUUGUCCUCAGAAUUAGACAAAAGUGAACUUGCAGGUGGAUCACUGGUAGUCUCUGGGGAGGAGUCUGAAGAUAUAUGUGACGUAGAUAUGCCAUGUGACCUAUCAUCAAGCGAUACUGAAGAGAAAGAAGACACAAAAGAAAUUGAAGAUGAAGUGGACAUUAUUUCUUUAGCUUUAAGACGUUUGAAUGAAGAAGCAAAAGAAAACAAAGAUAUUUGUAAUAUUCCAACGCGUCAGGAGACUAUGAAAAUGUUGUUUGAUAAUAUUAGUGAUUACCACUACCUUAACAUGGAAAAAGCAAACUACUGGUCUGGCCAUAAGUUUUGGAAAAGGUCUCAAUCCACACUUAUUGAUGGCAACGAGAAAAGAAAGGCUACAAAGAAAAAGAAAGAGCCAGAACCAAUUGUUUAUACUGGCCCUGCUGCUGAGAAAUCAAUAAGUACAGUUUUGAGAAAAGGGACAACAUUGAACAAAAAAACAUUAAUGGGGUGGAAAACUAAAAAUGUCACUCAUGCCAAUGAUUUAAAAGUAAACGUAAGAACCUUUUUAGACUUGUUUAGCAUGCCAGAAUUCUUAGAACUUGAAGAAGACCAAAAUUCAAGCAGAUCAAACGAAAGAGAAGUUGACGGGACGAAUUCUGACAAUAACAAUGACACAAUUGAUGAUGACCCUAUGACUGACUCUCCUCAAAGCCAAGAUAGACUGAACAGUUCAUUUUACGAAAACGCUCCAGAAAAUUGUGCAAGUUUAGAAGAACAUGGGGAUCCACUAAACUCAGCAUUUUAUGAUGCCAAACUGACUCAAAACAUGCUAUCACAAAACUUGUCAGGAGAUGACGGAAAGAUAGUCAAAGUAAAAUUUGCCUGUAGCCAAACCACUGAUGAAUCACUUGUACCAGUUCCUAAUAUGGUUAAAUUUGAACCAAUCAGGUACAAAACAAAACCCAUCAGGGUUAAUAUGCAAAAUCUGAAGCAGAAUAUGUUGACAGUGAUUAAAGAAAAGGAACAACAUAAUAUUCAGGAUGAUGCCUUGGAAAACCUUGAAACACAGCCAAAAGUAAAGUUCAGCGAUGUUUUACGGGAUCUUCCGCCGAGAUUAGAAGAAAAAACUGCUGAAGACUUAUCACCAGGAAUGGCACUAUUGUCUCUUCUUUUUUUAGCCAAUGAAAACAAUCUUCAGUUGAAGAACACCAAUGAUUACUCUGACGUUGAAAUCUCUUUUGAAAAGAAGAAUCUAGAGGAUGACUAAUGUGAUGGAAGAAAGCUGAAAUCCCCCUUUCUCUACUCUUAAGGGUUGAAGAUGUACCUUCAUUCAUGUUUACCUUAGUACAUUUUAUCAAGUAAUGGAUAACAUGUUGUUUAUGCAAUUGCAUGAAAAAGAAAAUCCUAUUUCUAGCAUGCUUAAUGUUUUUGUUUUAAAGUUGACAAUACAAAAUUAAAAUAUCAAUUUUUUAAUAAAAAAACUCCCUUUUGUUCUGAUUUUGUAGGUUAGGGUAGUAAGAAAAACACUGUAUAAUAGAAAAAGAUAACUGAUUUAUCAUCUUUAAGACAACUCCAGAUUAAAAUACUAGUAAUGUAAGCUUAUUACUAAUUUAAAUCUUGGGCAUUUGAGGAGUGUAAGAAAAAUUUUCCAUGAUUAUCCUCAAAUGUAUCCUUAGAGAUAAGUAGUUUAAUACUUAUGUAUUGUAAUAACAAUGAUCUCCUGGUUUCAUCUUCUCGUGUAUAACAUUUCCUGGUUUUGGAUUAUAAUUAGUUUGUACUCUUAAAAAACUAAUUUAAUUUUUGUUUGAAUAAGUUA